AUGGUGAUAGGUGAUUUUGAUCAUGAUUUCCAAGAAUUUGAACAGUUUGUAAAACUAAUACCUAAUCUUAAAUGUCUAUCAAUAUCUGGUGGUGUUGGUCAAAAUAUUCUUGAUGCUCAUCGAUGGGAACGUUUGAUCACUUCAUCAUUACCUCGACUGGAAACAUUUCAUUUUAGAUUCAGUUGUGAUAGUAUGGAUGCGGACGAUAACAUCCUGGAGAUAUUUCAACAAUUUCAAAGUGAUUUUUGGCAUAGAGCUCAUAAUUGGUACACAGAAUGUCUAUUAACCAGUGACAACAGAUGGAUUUGUACGAUACCAUGUCCAUUAUAUCGAUGUAAAUUAGCAGUUUACACAAAUUCAAGUCAUUAUGUUGUUAUGCCAGCGGAUUCGAGCGACACUCAAGAUUUCACAUCAAAAGAAAAAAGAAUUCCUAAGCCAAAGGAAUGCCAUUUUUACAGAAUUACUUCAUUAACAUUUGGAGGAUUAGAAAUCUCGGAGAAAUGUAUUUUAGAGACUAAAGACAUAAAAUCUUUGAAACGUAGUGUGACUUUAUCUGGUGUGUCUUAUUUAAACAUUUCAUCCGACUGUAAGAUAGCGAAACCAUCGGUUUUAUUAAGCAUCUUAAAAGAAACGCCUAAGGUAUCAUCGAUGUAUAUCGACCAAACUGUAUUAUUGCCAUUGUUAGUGGACGAUGAAUUGUGUACAUAUUUAAUUAAAAUGAUCAAAAGAUUGGAUUUAUAUAUGAAUUGGAGUAUUCCAACACAAAUGUUUAUUACUCAGGCUGAGUUAUCAAGGGUCUGCAAGGCAUUUUCCAAUGUUGAAGUUCUUCAAUGCAGUAUAAGUCAAAAAUCUGCAUUCAAAUAUCUAAUGGAAAAUUUACCGAAACUAUUUCAUCUGACGAUUUCAAUGAAAACAUCAGAAGAUCGCCGAACUGUUUCAGAUUGGUUUGAUAAAGAACUAGCAAAAAGAAAUGCAAACUAUAAUAUUAAAUAUGAUCAAGGAAAACGAACUUGUGUAGUGACGGUGAAUGUUUGGAUAUGAACAAAACACGGAUUUCUUUUAAAUGAUAGACAAAGAUGAACUUCUAUGGUUUAUCAAGCGAUUAUCAUGUUAAGUCCGAUAACAAUAACACACAGUAUUGAGCAAUAAAGUUAUUAUUCAUUAUUGUUUGAUCUUUCUUAUUAUAGUCAUAAGCUCUUUUAAGCAGGUUUCAUGAAAAGGAAAGUUAACGCAACUCGGUGCACAUCUUGAGUUGUUUACCCUCACAGUAUGCGACGUUGUAUUUAUCUUAUUAUCGGAAUCACACGCAAAUAGACUUUUACAUGACACACCAGUAUCUAUACACAAUUCUCCUCCAUUCAUAGUCAUCGGCAGACAAGCACAGACGAUGUUGUUCGAGCAGCAUGCACAAUUUGAUGCUGCAGAAUUUCAACUGAUUUGACUUACAACAAAUGAAUACUCAAAUGUUCAAUUUUUUGAGACAAUCGGAGUAUUGUCUUGUUAUAAAAUGAAAAACACAUCUAAAAGACAGGAGGUUUCAACAUCGACGCACUGCUUCGAAAAUAAAUGACUUACAAUUUGACCGAAAUCAUCGGCGAAGCACGUUAGAUUUCUGAUUACUGUGUAUUGAUGAUCAGAACAUGACCAUAAAUUAUAGUGCGUAUCUUUGAUAUGAGAAUCGAUCAUUAUUGUUAGUCUUCAGAAAAUAGGAAUGUGGCUUUAAAAGGGGUGAAUUUAGAAGAUCAUUCGAAUCCACUGACGACGAUCGUGUCAAUUUUGCUUAAGGAUCUCUUCAGGUAAGUUUGGAAAUUAAUAAUCUUCGAGAAUGAAUUGAAUUUAAAAUUGAAUAGCUAGUUUGUUCUUUCGAUUACCUAUUUGGCUUAGAUGCGUAUGUAUUGUGAAGCAUUUGUGGAAUGAGAAAAAAGAUAAUUGAUGUGCCGAUAUAUGUGUCACGGCUCGCUGCUCUUCUUUCCUCUUCCUCUCUCUAUUGUUGUCUCUGUGUCGUCUCUUUCUCUCUCUCUCUUUGUUUCUCUGUCAUAUAUAACUGUGUUGAAUGUGUAAUAGACACAUUCUGGAGAUGUUAAGUAGCUAAUAAACAUCAUUAUCGAGGGUGGCGGUAAGCUACUCCUCCAGUCUGCCAUUACAUCAUCUCUCCUUUUAUCGUUACAUGUCGACCCUGGCGAACGAAUCCAUGCAUAUUCUGAAACGAAGUUGGAAGAUAUUAGAAGAGAGAAGAAUUCAAAAUUGUCGAACUUCUAUUGAAGAUACCAGUUGAUACCAAGGUACGGUAAAUAAUUUGAAUGAGUGACAAAUGUAUUCGGCGAGUAGAGUUGAAUGACAUGGCAGUGUUUUAAGUUCUGUGGGCACUGUCACAGAUCAUCAGUGAACGUAUUAAAGGGCGGCUAUAUUUCGGGCCGGCUGUGCGUAGGCUUGGCGCACUAUCCUUUGUAAAAUCUGUACGUUUCAUGUCAUUUUUUCUCGAAUCUAUGAGUCGUUUUGAACAUCAUUCAAACUUAUUUUCUCUGCCUAAAAAAAAAAUAAAAAUAAGAAUGAAGCGACGAAAGAAUAAAUGGGCAUCGAUGAGCAUGAAAUUAAUUGUGUAUCGGCCGUAAACAAUUGACAUUCAUUCAUCAUCAACAUUCGGUUAUUCUUGUUGAUAAUCAACAACAGUUCAUUCUACCCAUCAUCCUGCUGACUAAUGAUACGUAACAAUCAGAUAUGAGAAGAUGCGCAAAAUAAAAACGAAAAAAGAUAUCAUCCUCGAAAGGCCUCGAGUCAGUGAAAAAUUUUUAAUCUAAGGAAAGUGUUAUGUUUGAUUAUAUCAAAUACUGAGUGUGAAUUCUUUUUCUUGCCUAAUGAAGCGUGAAAAUAGAAGAUAGAAUAAUUUCAUAAUUCAUGGUCUUUGAUAGUCCAAUAAUCUGCGGUUUAAUGUAAAUUUUUUUCUCUCUGCUAUUUUUUUAUGUAUGCCUGUUGAGCUGAUCUGAUCUUAAACAUAAAAAGAAACCGUUCUAGGUAUCGUUUACGCACUAGACAAGAGUUUCUGCCAUCAUUGAAUAAGAAUAUUUACCUUUCUUCUGAUGACUAAAAAUGUACUAAACUGUUGAAAUUGAGGGUGUGGGUGUGGGUGUGGGUGUGGGUGUGGGUGUGGGUGUGGGUGUGGGUGUGGGUGUGCGUGUGGGUGCUGUUCUUUUCGUCAGGAAGAUACACACCCAGACCCAGACCCUCACACCCACACCCAACCCGUACCCACACUCACACCCACACUCACACACCCACACCCACACCCAUACCCACACCCACACCCACACCCACACCCA